AUGAGUGAGAACUUUGGUACUCCGUAUUCCGAAUAUCCGAACGUGGAAAAUGAAAUCAAUUAUGACUGGGCCGUGCCUGGAUACCCGCAACCUUCUCCUUUCGAGUUCAAUACCGAAAAUAUCCCUCUUCAUGAUAUCCGUGAUAACCGUGAUAUCCGUGAUUAUCUUUCAAACGACCGCGUGAAUGCUAAGGUGGCUAUCCCCCGGAACGCACAACCCAGUAGUUGGACUAGCAGUGGUCGAGUCAGUCGGGCUUGUGAAAAUUGCCGUGAACACAAGGCCAAAUGUAGUGGCCAUCGUCCAACCUGUCAUCGAUGCCUAGAUGCCGGUGUCCCGUGCUCCUAUGGCGAUCGGAAAAGGGAAAAGAUGGUGAAGCAGUUGAACGAUCUAACCACACGGGUUGAAACCUUUGAUGCCUUGCUCCGCGGUCUUUAUCCCAAACUCGAUGCCUCGUCGGCCCAACAGGUCGAUCAAACAUUGAGGGAGCUAAAUGCACGCACUCCGCUCACCCAAGUCAAUCCCUCUACCCCUAUCCUUGCCUUAUUCACCAACCCAUCAAGCCCCAUCAACCAACCAGUGCUUUCUUCCCGUACAGAUGCUAGUCCUAUAUCUAUUCCCUCAGGUACUGUAGACUACACUGAAGAGGACUUCAACCGUGAUGAGAAAGCACAGGCGACGGGAUUUGUGGGUGAACAUUCGGAGAUGGUAUGGUUGUACAGACUCAAACGCGACCUUGACCAUAAAAGUUUGAAAGGACUCAAAAAGACCACCGAACUUCCUUCCAUCUCUUCUGUGAACUACUUCCAAAACGACUCGGAAAUUUUGUUUCUGGACGAUAUCGACCUCGCCCAUCGGCCUCCACAACAAAUCGCUAAUAAGCUCGUUGAGACCUACUUUCACGUCGUCCAUCCUACUUUUCCGAUUAUUGGAAAAGCAAUAUUUCUAAACCAGUACCGAUCCUUCUACGCGAAUCCGAACGUGCGACCUGGGAAACGAUGGAUUAUAGUGUUGAACCUGGUGUUUGCCAUUGCGACCAGACAUGCCUUCCUUGCCGAUCAACCCCAACCGAAUUGCGAUGACCAUCAGAUUUAUUUUGCACGGGCAUGGAGGCUAAAUGUAGGUAGCGUGUUGCUCCAUCAUCCCGACUUGCAACAGGCACAGGUGGAGGGCUUGGCUACUUUUUACCUCCUAUCUGUUGGCCAAGUUAACAGAUCAUGGAGACUCAUUGGACUUGCAAUUCGAUCGGCGGUGACCAUGGGUCUCAACAUUCGAAGCGAGAGCGAGAGCAUCACCCACUCUUCGAAAAAACUUCGAUAUCGGGUUUGGCCGUCCACCUGGCACGGGGAGAUCUUUUGCUCUACGCCCCUCCCUGUGCCCUUCGCAGAAGAGGAUUUCUGGGAUAAGCGUGUUGCGCAAGUUAUUACCGACCAAAGGACUCGAAAUGCCUUCUUCGCCUCUUUAAUCUCCGAUACCGUGACGGCUUCACCAGAAGAGAGUACAACUUUAAGGAUACCGGAACGACAUGGAGCAGACAAGGGGAAACAAGAAGAAAGGGCCAGCCAGACGGGCGCAGAGAAUCUGACACCCAACUCUUCUCUGUACUUUUUGUAUGCAGUGGACUUAGCUCAUAUCUUACGGGAGGCGAUUAAUACUCUGUAUGCUCCUAGAGCAAUACGGCAGUCAUGGCAUGAUAUCGAAACCGCCAUUCCCACGCUAAACAACCAUGCUGACAACUGGCUGUCUCGUCUCCCGGCGGAGUUUAAUUUCACAAUGCUAGACACAACUCAUCAAUUUCUACAGCAGCGUGCUGGUCUUGCUUUUCGAUUCUACGCUACUAAGCUGAUAAUCUUGCAACCCUGUAUCCAGCGUCUAUUUCAACAAUCUGAACCAAGCUCCCCGGGAACAGUGUGUGAUCAGAUGGCAUCCUUGUGUGUUCAGAUAGCAGGUCAAAUGCUCGAACUGUUGCCCAAGGAGCCAGACUCGACUUGGCUGUAUGGCGUCGCUCCAUGGUGGUGCAUCCUGCAUAAUAUCAUGCAAUCGACUACCAUUCUCCUCACCGAGCUCCUCACUCGCACCCAUGUAGGCACCACCAAGGCUGUUGGUAUCACUAAGAAGAUCAACAAGGCAACUCGCUUCUUGAAAGUGAUGUCAUCCAAAGACCUUUCUUCCAAGCGAGCCUGGCUUAUCUGCAUGGACCUUCUUUCACGACAUGGAUCGAAGUUUGGGUUCGAUGUUGACGUGGAAACCGAACUCUAA